GACAGAGUUAGUGUUUCGGAGUGGCGUUCGUUCAGAGUUGGAUUACUUCUCCCUAGUGCCCAGCGGACGUCGCACAUUUUUUACCCGCAAUCAUUUAUGAAAGAGGAUUAUGAAUGUGGACUAAAUCGAUUAACAUCGAGGUGAUAGUGAUUUGCCUUCUCUCGAUCAUCCCGUGGCCGGGCCCGAGUGUGUUCAAAAUAUCAUGCUCCCGCGACAGCUCGCGCGUCGUGCGCAAGAUCGUGCACUCGCGCUGGCUGCCGAUACUGGAGAAGUACCAGGUGAAACUGCCGCUCGACUGCCCGUUCCAUCCGCUACGCGACAUCUUCGGCCCGCAGCAGGGUGCCAAAAAGCAGCACCGCCCGUCGCAGUGGACGUGCGGGUUCUGCGGCAAGAGCUUCUUCGAGGAGCAGCACCUCGAGAACCACUUCGAGAACCGGCACAAGGCCAACAUCAAUACGGCCGAGGACGCGAUCUGUCUGGCGGACUACUGCGACAUGAUGCGGUGCGAGGUGCUGAUCGCUAAGGACGCGACGCUGGCGUUCGGCGGUGACCCGAACGCGGUCAGCACCGACAUUGAGGUGUGGAGCGAGGCGACCGCCUACCGGACGGCGCUGACGGCGGCCGGCCCCAGAGAUCUGGCCAAGGUUCCGGAGAGCCGGAAGUCGCUACUGCCGAAGAUGCUGCAAACCCUCAGGGACGACGUGUUCCGGGAUCGAAAGCCAGCGUCUGUGACAACCGUGGGGAGCCCGAAAGGUGCGGCGGUCAACUGCAGGGAGCGAAGUUUGGCCGCGAAAACGAAACGCGGCUCCGCCAAAAGUUCACCGGGCAGUGGCGACGAUAAGGAAGCCAGCGACCAUCUGGUCGAGGAUGACGUUGAGGAUGAGGAUGACGAUGACGACGACGAGGACGACGAAGACGAUGAGGAGGAGGAGUCCAGCAACGCCACGUCACAGUGCGAUCAGCAUCUGGUCGACUCGUCGCUACCGCCGGUCGACCGGAAGCAGCAGCGCCUGUCGGAAAUGCAGCGCCUGAAGGCGAACUGCAACGCGGACGAGAUCGGUCAGCUAAAGACGCGCUGCGAAAUCCUCGUCCGGGACUGCAUCGUGGGGUUGCUGGUGCAGCUGUCACACGACGACUUUCGCAGCAUGGAGGAAGAGCUGAACCGGGCCGUCUGCUGGUAUCUGACCUGCGAGCGGUACUGGGAGGACGGCCCUCUCGACCAGCGGCCCUUCCCCUGGGGUCUCGUCUUCGUUCUGGUGAUGGUGCUCUCGAUGGGCGUUUGCCUGUGUUACUACAUCAUCUGGAUACUGUUCGACAGUGAAGAUUUCAGUCCCUCCCAGGGUCCAGCGGCAGGUGGCAGAACCAGGGCCAUCGGUGACACGCAUCCGUACGGUGCCACACACCUGACAUCGUCGGGACACCUCCACCAUGGCGGGCCCGGCUCGGCGGGCCACCACCAAGGCGGUGGACGGCACUACCUGCAGCCGGUCUCGUCCGGCGGUGCGCCCGGUAUCUAUCGGCUCCAGGACGGAGGCCACUCGACGGCCAGUCUGAGCAAUCUGACGGCGGUCAGUGCGGGGGGUGGUGGUGGCACCGGCAACGAUCUACUGCACACACCACAGAUCCACGCCUCACCCGGGCCGUCCUCCUCGAUGCUGUAUUCGUCGGCGACGGCGGACGAGGGAGGCUACGGUUACGCGGCCAGCGGGAACGGGCCACGGUCCAGCGAAGCGUCAUCCUCGCUGGUGGCGUCCGGUUCGGCGGCGACCCUCGCGGCAGGCGGCAGUACGGCCGGGACCGGCUCCGGUACCGGCGAGUUCGGCUCGGAGCUCGGCCAAAGCGAACACUACAUCUACGUGACGUACCCGCCGGAGCUGAAGCGGCGGCUGCUGGAAAGGUAUGGUAGAGACAUCUAUAUGCAGCUGUUGCGCAAGGAUGUGUACGAUUACUACUAG